CACAUGAGCACAGUGGUAUGGGGCCUGUGUGGGCUCUGCUCAGCUGCAGCACCAUAACUUGAGGAUAAACGUUUGCUUUAGUUUUGGACAGAAAGAGGGAUUACUGCUAACUUCUCCAAAUGUAGACUGAGUAUUUGAUCAAUGGAAACAAUUAAACAUCCUAAACAAGUAUUGGCCUACAAUGGGGAAAUCAUCAUCUUUCAAAUUUCACAACUAAAAGAAACUUCCAAUGGCAAGGAACAAAAUGUUUUACAAUUUUCAAGAAAAAGAUUUCAUGUGGAAUCAGAAAAUUUUAUUGAAACAUCUUUUGGACAGUACAGCAUUCAAACCCAUAAAUCCUCUAUUGUUUUUGUAUGCGCACACUGUGUCACAGAUGUUAGAACUGGUAUAAAACACCCUUAUGUUUUGCUAAAGACAUGCAAAAGAAGGCAAAGCAGCUCAUCAAGGCUGGUUUUGCUGCAGGUACUCGGUUCAAAUGAGGUGGAACCAUGUCUGAAAUUCAAAGUAGACAAUGAAUCUAUAGAAGACCUGCACCUGAUUGAUGGUCCAAUUGUUCUUUGGAGACAAAAUGAGAAAAUCUUUUAUAUUUCAUCUUUGACAGCAGAAAUAUUAACAGCCCCUGGUAAUUUUUCUGCAAUCCACUGGGCUGGAACUGUUGAAGAUGGUACUUAUAUUUUGGGAGCAACAGAUGUGAGAGGGGAUGGAGAUAACUUACCAAGAACUUCUCACCCUGACAGAACUCUUCAUGGAAGUGAGUUUGUUUUGUACAACAUUGAAAAGCAGAAAGUCAUGUCAGGAUCUUGCCUUGUCCCACAUGUGUAUACAAGUGUAUUACACUGCCUUGAGGUCUGUACUAUGCAGUGUGUGGAUGGCACGUAUGAGACGUCUUCUGUAGGGGCCAGCCGUAAACAAUUGAUCUGGUUCGAAAAUGGAGUUCCUAAACGGGUCUUGCAGAUUCCAACUGAAAAUCUGUCAAUGUUACAGGUUGCAUAUACAAGCCAAGCUCAUACGUUGUGCAUUUUAUCAUUUGCUUCUGGGGAAGUUUGUGCGAUACGGAGGGACGAGCUGCAGAUAACUACAACAUGGCAGCAUGUUGGAAGAACAUUGGUAGACGAUUUUGUCGGCAAUGGAUCUGAUCAGAUUCUGCUACUGUUCGAAAAUGAUCCAUUACAUCCUGCUGGCCAACAGACGUUUAGGCUCACAGACUGUGCUGAAAUUGGCUAUCCUGUUGAUGCCAGAGAUGAGAAAAUCACUGAAAGUCAAUAUCAUGAAAAUCAUCUUCUAAUGGUACAGACUCUUGAAGCAAGAUUACAGGCUGGCUUACUAUCACUUGAGGAAAUGGAAAACCACCUUCAGGUUCAGGAUAGAGUGCUCCAGUCAUCAUGUGAGGCAUUUAUAAACAUGUCCCUGGGCAAGGAGACACCAGUACACUCUGCAGAAGAGGAAAAUUUGGUUUCCCUGUGGGAUGAUACAGAAAAGAGCAAUUACCCUUCUUCUGGAAAUCAUUUUUCUUCUGUAGAUCCAGAAAACGUGGUUGAGAAAGUUUGGCAUCGGGUGGUUGAUGACUUUCUGGUGAUUGGUGUAAAAGUGAAAGAUUGCGCCGACUUAUCACUGAGUGACAUUGGCUUAUCUCUUAUAAUGGAUCAAGAAAUAGCUUUACCCUCCCCAGUUACCAAGUGUCAGACUAAUGUGCUAAAAUUGGCCAUCAGCUGUUCCCCUGGUUCCAGUACUCUGUACCAACCAGAACCAAUAGCAAAGAAACAAAGGCUUGACUACAAUAGCAAGGACAUUCUUACAGGGAAUUGCUCGCAGAGACCCGGCCCUCCAUCCUAUCAAAAUGAUUUGGAGCACACAGUUACUGCUGUCACCGAGCUGUCUUCAGUGUUGGCACUUAAUAACACUAGUUGUGCCGUGCUGCUGCAUGCCAGAAGGAAAAAUCAACCUGACUGUUUACUUAGAAGUGAGAAGCUGAGCAUGCCAUGUGGGAGAAUUCCUUUAAGCCUUGAAGAUGUUUUAAAAGGAAAACAUACAAUAAAUGUAUUUGAACACUGUCAAGAAUUGAAGAGUCUGGAAGAUGUUUUUGCGCUUCUGUCAGUUUUCCAGAGGUGUGUGCUGCACAUUGUGUCUCCUGACUGCACAUUGACAUCACUAAGAGUCUGGCUGCAGAACCACAUGUAUGCAGAGCCACUUAAUCUCAUGCCUGAACUUAUAAUGUGCACAAGACCUGGAUCCCUAUAUGGAACUCUCUUUUCUUGGAGUGCAAAGAACCCUUGUGAAGGAAAGCUGACUAUAUUCUAUAGAAAUGAUAUUGUUAUUCUCCAGUGCCUACACAGUCUCAAAUGCCUUCUUCCUCCAACAUGUGUGGUAAAUGUAAUAAGACCGGGCAGUAAGAAUAAUCUUGCAAGAGACUUGGCGUGCUCUCUGGAGGAGGAGCUGCUCGCCCACAGAAACCUGGUGUCUGCUGCAGAAGCUGAAGUUGAAAGUGAAUUGACCUUGAGGUGCUCCACAGACAAUAAUAUCACACACACAAUGGAAUCGUCUGACAGGAAAGAACAAGCACAAAAGUGCAGAGAAGACCUGGAGAUGAAGAAGAAGCAGAUCAAGCUGGGGGAUCAUCUAACUACUAACAGUGAGCUGUACAGGCGCAGUGCACUGUGUGUGGCGCAGCUUCAGAUGAACUCAGAUUCACUUAUAUGUAGAAUAGCAAAAUAAUCAAAUGUCAAUGCUUACAUUUUUGUGUAAUUACGAAUAAUUUGGUUGAUCUAUCGGUUUAAUAUUGUACCAGUAAAAUGUAUUUUACACUUA